AUGACGCAACCUUCAACCAUAACCUCACGAUUCCUUUCACACCCGAACCAACUCGGCGUCGUCGCCGUCGGUUUCAAUGGCGGCCAAUGCAAGAAAGGCGUCGAAGCAGCCCCAAUGGCCCUAAUCGAAUCAGGCCUCCUAACCCAACUCAGCGAAGACCUCGACUACGAAGUCCACCACGACAACAUAGUCCACUAUUACGAGAAAGACAUCCCAGCCGAAGACCCAGACCACCGAGGCAUGAAGAAGCCUCGCGCCGUCAGCGCCGUGACUAAAAAGCUCAGCUCUCAAGUCUACGACUACGCCAAAGACGGAAAAUUCAUCCUCACUCUCGGCGGCGACCACUCCAUCGCCAUCGGAACCGUCUCCGGAACAGCAAAGGCAAUCCGCGAACGACUGGGUCGCGAAAUGGCUGUUAUCUGGGUUGAUGCGCAUGCUGAUAUCAAUCUUCCUGAGACGAGCGAUAGUGGAAAUAUCCACGGUAUGCCUAUGGCGUUUUUGACGAAAUUGGCGACGGAGGAGAAGAAGGAUAUCUUUGGUUGGAUGCGGGAUGAGCAUUUUGUUAGUACGCAGAAGAUUGUGUAUAUCGGAUUGCGGGAUGUGGAUCGGGGGGAGAAGAAGAUUUUGCGGGAGAAUGGGAUCAAGGCGUUUAGUAUGCAUGAUAUUGAUCGUCAUGGUAUCGGUCGUGUUGUCGAAAUGGCGCUCGCUCAUAUCGGUAAUGACACGCCCAUUCACUUGUCCUUUGAUGUCGAUGCACUCGAUCCUCAGUGGGCGCCUAGCACUGGUACUCCGGUCCGUGGUGGGCUGACGCUGCGUGAGGGAGACUUCAUCUGUGAGGCUGUGCAUGAGACGGGAAAUUUGAUUGCGAUGGACUUGGUUGAGGUGAAUCCCAGUCUGGAGACUAAGGGUGCGUCGGAGACUAUUCGAGCCGGGUGUUCGCUGUACAUACAAAUUGGCGAAGUCGAAGUCGUAACUCCGCCUGAGGAGCAUCGUCUGUCGGAUACCUUGGCUUUCUUCGUCAUCGGACAUGCAAUCGCCGCUGCGCGCAAUCGUUACACCAAGUGGCCGGCGGACUUCAACUUGGACGGGGAUGUUUACCCCGUCGGCUUACCGCGCCCUGAAGAAGGCUUUCCAAAAUCCCUCGACAAACCAUUAGUCGAUGUCAGAGAUCCACACGACUGGGACGCCCCAGUCUCCCUUCUGGAGGUGGGGAAGAAUGGCCGUGACCCAGUCGUGGCCUUCCAGGUUUUUUUCCCUGGCGUCGAACCGAUCUGCUUUGUCGAUUUGCGUGUGUAA